UAAUCAGGGAGCAAAGAAACUCAAACCAGAAAGCGGAAACAUACAUCGAUUCUGAAAAGUAGCCAUGCCGAGUCCGAUCUCAGCGACAAUCUCCUUCAAGCCCACGACUGCCGGAAAUUUAAUCCUGUUCGUAGCUAUGCUGAUGAUGUUCUCUACUUCCCUCGCCGGCAUAUCUGGCAAUUAUGGACAAGCUCCGGAAACAUCAGCGCCACUGCCGACAACAGUAUACACAAACAAAAAUAAAAACUCUAUCACCGGAAAGCGAAAAGCCGGACCGGAGCAACAAACAAAUGAAGCCGAUAAAAGGCCAAAACUGGAGCCGCAACCCCAAGACAUUAGUCCUGCAGCUUCUCACCAUCAUGAAGCCGAAUCGAUUUGCAUCAACUCCGACAUAAGCCAGGAAGAUCAUUACAGGCCACCCGCUGCAGCUGCUAUAUCUUUUGCUUCAAGUGAAGCAUUUGUGUCUCCGCUAGAAAAAUGCUUUCAUGCAGACUUCUCUAUCUCACCACCAAUUUUAUCGCCUGCAAUUGUUAGAUUCCCAUUCGAUGAUGAAGGGAAGCUGGUGGAGGUUCUUGACUACAAAAAUCAUCACGAAUUAAAGCUGAUAAGAUACAAGGAUAUUGUCCUUGGCAGAGGCCAGCCUGUAAUCGCUAAUAAACUCAAGGUGACUUUCCACUAUGAUCUGUAUGAUGAACAUAAUAAGCGAGUUCAAACCAAUGCGUUAGACAGAUCUCCCGAAGAAGUUCACCUGUGCUGGCAUCGAUUUGGUCGAGGAUUUGAGGAAGGCAUUCGAGGCAUGCGACCAGGUGGGAUAAGAAGAGUUAUUGUUCCUCGUGAAGAAGAACCACCUAUGGUUGAAGGAUAUGGAGUAUUGGAUGUGGCCUUGCUUAAAGUUGAGAUAUCAUGCAGCUGCCGACAGCCACAUGCAGAAAUCUUCAAUCUUUAGUUGCAUAUAUUGCUGUUAGGGUUUUAACUGUUUUAGCAGUUGAUAACUGUAAUCAAGUAAUGGUUCAUAAGAACAGAAUUUUACUAUAAUAAGAAGUAACCAUUUCAACUCCUUACUAAA